UUAUUUCAUUUCCUCUAUACAUAUGCAUCGUUCCAUUUUCCCAUAAGUGUCAGUGUCAUCAUUUAUCAAUUAUCAUUUGAUUAUUAUAUUUUACAAUAUAAUAUGUGUAUAAAAUAAAUGAAAUACGAUUUUAGCUGAAGACAAUGAAUUAGUAUACCGCAGUUUUGUCAACCACCUUGUGCAUUACGUGCAUCAAAACGCAAUGUUAAUCCGUACAUAAUAUUUUGCUUUGUAAACGGUUUUAAGUUGAAAUACAUACACACAAAUAGUGUUAAAUAAAACACGUACAGAACACACAUUCGCAUCUAUAUUGCCAGCAUCGAAUAACACAAAAAGCUAAUUUAACAAUGCGCGAAUUUAAAGUUGUUGUGCUCGGGUCUGGAGGAGUUGGUAAAUCGGCCCUCACAGUGCAAUUCGUCUCGGGAUGCUUUAUUGAAAAGUAUGACCCCACCAUCGAGGACUUCUACCGCAAGGAAAUAGAGGUGGACAGUUCUCCUUGCGUUUUGGAAAUAUUGGAUACCGCGGGAACAGAGCAAUUCGCAUCCAUGAGAGAUCUCUAUAUCAAAAAUGGUCAUGGUUUUAUUGUAAUGUAUUCACUUACGAACCAUCAAACAUUUCAGGAUAUUUCUAGUAUGAAAAAUGUGAUCACUCGAGUUAAAGGAAGUCAGCCAGCUCCCAUCCUACUAGUCGCGAACAAAUUCGAUUUAGAUUGCCAAAGAGAGGUAUCCACCGCUGAAGGUAAUGCCUUGGCACAACUGUGGGAGUGUCCAUUUAUCGAAGCAUCAGCAAAGGAUCGGAUAAACGUAAACGAAGUAUUCGCCACCAUCGUUCGAGAGAUGAAUUUGACGCAAGAAAAUCGGCAAAAAAAAAAUUACUGUUGUUGUACGCUUUUAUAGAAAUUUUGUAAAAUUGUAAGAUUAUUAUAGUUAAAAAUAAAAUUACUAAUAUUUAAUAGAUAACGAAAAAUUUAAUGGCUUUUUAUCGCCUACAUAAGUAAAUAAAUCUCAUUUGAAAUUGU